CUGGACUUCUGACCCCUUGACUACAGCUAUUUGAAGUCUGUUGGACCUGACAAUGUUUCAGAAUCAAAAGGGACACCAGUUACAAUAAUCAAGAGAGUACUCUACUAUAAAAUAGUACCACCAAACUCAACUGAACCAUGAUACCAUCUAAAGCUUUAACUGUUGGUCUUCUUCUUCUUCUUGGAUCUACAUUGUCUGAAGUUAAUGGUAAAGCCAUCUCAAAGAGACAUGUCCGGCGAGACUGGCUGAUCAUCCCUGACACAAUUGCGUUUUAUGUGUAUGAGUCAGUGAACAAAGUGUCCCCUAAAACUGCUGAAUACUUGGCUCAAGCUGUCCAAAUCCCCUUCAUUCUCGAAGCAAGGAACAUCUUGAUAAAAGAAACAUCUAAAAUCAGUGUGCAAUUUGAGGAGCUGGUAGAAAAAGUAUCUGGCUUAUGGAAGAAGGACGAAGAAGGGACAGCACAACAAUAGGAAUGAACAAAAUGUUAACAGCAUUUUCUGCAUUGUGUAAGAUCUCACAUUCAUUGAGAAAAAUACAAAAGUGUAGUAUUUGAUGUUGUCACUAGAGGGAGACAGGAGUCCAAUUCUAACAAGGACAGAUUCUACAAACAAACUUCCCAUAUCAUCUAUUGUCAUUUACCUUUUCUGUUGUGAAUCACAAACUCUUUCUUUUGUAUUGUAUCACUAUGUGACCCCGAUGUUUACAAAAGGUUCUCUUUAUUCAUAUCUGCUAACUAGGAGUAAAGCUUCACCAGCCUGAAAAGCUUAUGCUAUGAAAAAUGUUUGCUUUUCAUUAUGUUUGUUGCAAAAGAGAAAAAUAGGAAAGUUGUUAUCACAAAAGUGCAAUUUUAUUUUAUAUGACAUCUCUUCCUCUUAAAAAGUUUAUAUGGUUUAUUUGAAAAUCAAUGUUACUGUAAUACCUUUAUCAGACUAAAUAAAAAGGGAUAAAAAAGUAAGUUUUUGUAAUUUCUAGAUUUCUGAUUCUCUCAUCAAGGGAUAUUAGGCACAACACUUCAAUACCUGAAAUCCAUAACUUUGUCCAGGUGGUGCAAAUGAGAUGUAGAAUUUGGAGUAUUGCCUUAAUGGAAAAGGCAACAUGUCCUCUUAAGUCUAUAUGAGAAGUGGCUUAUAAAGUUUUAACAACAUAUUUUUUAUAUUAUAUGCUAAAUGAUUUUAAUUGUAUUUUAUAUCUGUUGGGGCAUCGAACUGCCAACUGUAAACUGCCUUGAGUUGUUUCGGGUUGAGAAAGGCGGUAUACAAAUAUUGUAAAUAAAUAAAUAAAUACAUUUGUUUAUUCAGUAUGCAAAUACAACUAUAAUUGGACCACCAAGUCAAGUCACUUGUCUUGGCAUUUUAAAAAAAUAAAUAAAUACAAUUGUAAUUAGAACAAGAUCUGGAGAAGAAAUAUGAUACAGAAAAUAAGAGGAUCAUCAAAUUAUAAUGAACUGUAUAUUAGCUUUAGAUAUAAGAAUCUAUAGAGCAGUGUUUCUCAACCUUCCUAAUGCCUGACCCCUUAAUAGAUGUUGUAGUGACCCCCAACGACAACAUUAUUUUGGUUGCUACUUCAUAAUUGUCAUUUUGCUACUGUUGCAAAUUGUAAUGUAAAUAUCUGAUAUGCAGGAUGUAUUUUUAUUCACUGGAUCGAGUUUGGCACAAUUUAUUUACCCCGCCCCCCCGGGGGGGGGGGGGCUGCUUACAUCCGGCACAAUUGGAUGCCAUUACAUAUAAAUAAUACAUACAGAAUUACAUAAAAAACAUAGUAAAUUAGUUUUAAAAUUAGUUUUAAAAUAAAAAGAUCAUUAAUAAAAAGUGCAAUAAUACUGGCUGUCUAGCCUUAUGUAGAAACGAAUUCAGCGAGCACAAUACAAUCGGAAGCCUGUCCAUAGUCCAUUUUCCAUAACAUUAUCAUUAUUACCAUUGUCAAAUUAUCUGCCGACUACCCAAAGGCGUGGUCCCAUAACCACGUUUUCAGUUUCCUCCUGAAGGCGAGGAUGGAUGUUGUUGACCUGAUUUUGCUGGUUGAGCGAGUUCCACAGGUGGUGGGCCACCACCGAGAAGAACCUGUCCCUUGUCCCCGCCAAGCGUGUUUGUGCCAAAGGCGGAGCCGAGAGCAGGACCUCUCCAGAAAAUCUAAAACUUCAAGGUGGGACAUAGAGGGAGAUAUGUUCAGACAAGUAAGCUGGACCAGAGCCAUAUAGGGCUUUAUAGGUCAAAACCAGCAAAUAUCUGAUACGCCCAAAUUUGAACACUGGUGGGGUUGGGGGGUGGGUGUGUGAUUUUGUCAUUUGGGAGUUGUUAUUGCUAGAAUUCACCUACAAUCAUAAAACAUUCUGAAAUGUACCAGCAAUGGAAUUGAACCAAACUUAGCACACAGAACUCUCAUGAUUAAAAAAAAAAUACUGGAAGGUUUUGGAUGGGCAUUGAUCUUGAGUUUUGGAGUUGUAGUCCACCUACAUCCAGAGAGCACUGUGGACUCAAACAGUGAUGGAUCUCUCUCAAACUUUGCACAAAUACUCAAUAUGUCCAAAUGUGAACACUGGUAGAGUUUGGGGAAAAUAGACCUUGACAUUUGGGAGUUGUAGUUGCUGGAAUUUAUAGUUCACCUACAAUCAAAGAACAUUCAGAACCUUUCCAAUGAUAGAAUUGGGCCAAACGUCCUACACAGAACCCCCAUGACCAACAGAAAAUACUGUGUUUUCUGAUAGUCUUUGGCAAUCCCUCUGACACCCCCUCAUGACCCCCCCCCCAGGGGUUCCAACCCCCCACGUUGAGAAACACUGCUAUAGAGAAACAUUUUUGGUUUUGUGCUAUGAAGGGAAGAGUUGUGUCUGUUGAUUUGCUUUGAUUUGGUUACAAUAUGGCAUUGUUUGUUGAACUGGACUAAAAUGAAAUAAAAGUCACUGGGUUACUCAGUCUCUUGUAGCCUAACCUAAUUCACAGAAUUGGUGUAAGAAUAGAUUUGGGAGGAAAAACAUGUUUGGUGCCUUGAGCUAAUUGAAGCAAAGGUCAAAUAAAAAUUUAAUGAGUAAAAAAUAAAUAAUGCUGCUUGCUGGACCAAA